CAUGAGGCAGAAAAUAACCAAAGAUUCACAGGGAAUCACAAAAACCCAAUUUUCCUUCUUCAACCUUCUUUCCUGUAUUUUUGUGUCACCAACUCAAGUUAAGCAGCCGUUUACGCAGAGAAUUUUUUCUGCCCUUUUUUUCUACCACGCCGACCAAGCCAACUGUUCCACAAUAUUACAUAAAGACCCAAAAUAUAGUUGAAACAGUUCUCAUAGCUCCAGAUUCAUUGGAUUCUAGCACAACACCGCUAGCCGCCAUGGAUUCGCUCUCUGCAGUCUCGCCCUCUUUAGUUCUACCCCCAAAUAAUCCCCUUUGUCCUCGGCCUCGCCAAAUGGGCUUCUAUAUUUCUUGUCGUUUACAGAAUCGGAGCCGUCGUUCUUGUUCUUUCUCCAGUACGCGCCUGAGCUCACCCGUGAAGCUCUCUAGGAGAUCAUGGAAGCGAGCUUCUAGCAAAUCAGACGGCGGUGGAACCACUGAUGAGGACAAAGAUGAUAACGGGACGGAGGAGGUGGAGAGAGCGCUUCACCUCGACGGAACCAUUCCUGGGACUUCGGACGAGUUCGUGAAGCAGGUCUCGUCACGUGCUUACGAUAUGCGAAGACACCUCCAGCAGACAUUCGAUAGCAGCAGCUACGAUGUAUUAGAUUCCAACCCGUGGAGAGAUCCUUCAAAGCCUGUAUAUGUAUUAACCCAGAGGGAAAACCAAUUGUGUACUAUGAAAACAAGAAGAAACCGCAGUGAAGUUGAGAAGGAGCUCGGAUUGUUGUUUUCAAAAGGAGGAACACUGAGAUCGGGAAUCGGAAAUCAGACUAAACAAUCAAGAAGCGGAUCAAAGUUUCAGAUGCUUGUGGAGGAUGUUCGGGAAGGAGUGCUUGUAUUUGAAGAUGAGAAUGAAGCUGUAAAAUACUGUGACUUACUGCAAGGAGGUGGAAAAGGUUGUGAAGGUGUUGCAGAAAUUGAAGCCUCGUCGGUAUUCGAUCUUGUCCGGAAAAUGAGAGCUCUUGCUGUUCUUUUUCGUAGAGGAAGAACACCUCCUCUACCUCAAAGCCUUGAACUCAAUUUAAAGGCUCGCAAGCGAUCCCUGGAAGACCAAGCGGACUUGAUAUGAAAUUCAUGCAUGCCAACAAACUAAGAUAUUCAAGGGAAGGACUAUAAUUGAUGCUGUAAUAUAACAUGGAGCAUUGUGAAUGAGUAUAUGUUGUAACUUGGAAAAAUAAAGAUAAUGAGAAGAAAAGUAACAGCUAGGUACUUUCAGCAGACGUGAUAUUCAAAUUUUACAGUCAAAUUUGAUGUAUACAUGUUCUUAUGUAAAUCAUCCUCACACGUGAAUCUGAGAGUUAAUGCAGCAAGCUUAUUUAUUUA